UUGACUCGUCAGAAAAACAUUCUCUAGACUAUAUCAGUGCUCUCGUUUUUGAGAUUUACAGGAAUUCACCACAUGCAGCCAAUCGUGAAGAGCUGCUCGAGAAGUUUCAGAAGUUAGUACUUGACCUUGCUGGAAAAGUCGCGUAGCCACUGACGGAGGAACAUUUGGAAUUGGCGUGACUCAUCGAUGUGGCAAUUUCGAAAACCACCUGGCAAUACCGACCGCAUCAUACCAUGCAGUGUUAUGGCAACCCUUCCCCACUGUUGGUGGAAGCUUAAAUUGAAUUGGCCUUCAAAACUUCAGGGACUCAUCCUUGCUAGGGACAUGCGCUCUUUGCGGAGUCAUUCCAGCGAUCGUGCUCCAACUACAAGACGAGGACUUUGUCUCCGAAAAGCUGUCAUACAUGUUCUCCAACAUACUAGGAAAAAACGUCGACUGGCGGAAGUGAGAUUCAUCUUCAGGGGCAGAGCUUGACACUUCUUCUACAUGCUUCGGGGCGAAUCUCCAGCGAAGGGCUGAAGCAACACCCGUUCUGACGAAAAUGUCUCGUCCCGUGAAGCAACAGCAGUAAGAACAUUUGAAUUGAAACCCGAAAGUUUGAAUCAAAGAUCCAGUUUGCUGGAGAAUGGAGCGUAUGCGAGAUUUGGGCCCAAAGACUCCUCCGGAGAGAUCCAAAGGUUUCACCAAAAGGUUCUUCCUUCAGCCGAAGAUAGUGGCAGUUUACCCUCUCUUCGGAAUGCUGACCUUAGCGUUUGGCUUAGCCGGCCUGACGGCGGCACGGCAUCUUGCUCUGUCACCAGCAGUGAUAGUUGACAAGAAGAAGCGUUCUUCGGACCAUUUUCCAGAGAUGAGAGAUCCUGAAGAAACUGUGCUGAAAUCUAAACAAUUCACAGAACGCAGUCCUUUAUAUCUACUUUCAAAAAGAUCCAGUCCGGGUAUAUCUGUCUCAGGGAUCCAGCAACUACCACCCGUUCUACCUGGAGAUGAAACCUCUGCGACAGGAGUACAAGGCACCGGUGUUAAUCAGGGAGCGCGAGCUGGUGGAAUCUAAGCGAUCGUUAGCCAUUUUGACAUAGCGAUAAAACAUUAUCUACCCUGGAGCCAAUUCAACAUAGAAGUCAGGGAUAGACAAUGCUUUACAAUCGAGCUGUAUUGCUCAAUGUGCUGAAAAUUUUGUACAGACGUAUAUGUCUUAACCCUAAAAUUCAUACGAAUGUUAUAUCUGACUUUUUCUUAGUAUUUU